AUGGAAACACUUGUAUCAUUACAGAAAUGGAUAAAGGGGCACUUUGCUGGAAACUUGAAAGUCACAACAUUUCCAACACCACAAAAAUCAGUGGAGAGGUGUUUGCUGGAAUGUAAGAAAAGAGCAAAACUAGUGCCAGGAAAGGGCCUGAGAGAACACCUACCACCAGACCCAACGCUCGUUAAAGUUCUGAGGAGCUUAGUCAGCUUUGGAAAUGAAAACAGAAAUCUGGCAGCCAUUUCUUUCCCAACAGAUGGAGAUCUGUUAUAUGUAGAGAUAUCUACAGAAGCAAAGAUGGACAUUUUGGAAUAUAUACGCGAUAACAAAGUAGAUGUUAAUCAGAUAAUUGCAUGGACAUGUGACAUUGGCGAAACUAUGGAUUUUCUUCUUGAGAAACGAGUCUUGCUUUGGGACAUUCGACCAGAAUGUAUCUUCAUGGAAAAACAGGAGUGGGUCAAGUUUGAGUGGUCAUCUGGUGCACACUAGAUACUCUGAAGGCUUGCUAGCCUCCUUAUUCAAAGCACCCCCUGCUCUUAAUCGUAUGAUCCCUAAAAUUACCAAUUUUGGAAGAUGUAAGCAUCU